UACUGAAGUAAACCAUUCUUGAACUGAUGUUAGAGUUCGCGGGCAGAUCGCGGGAACAACCGUACUGGACAACGUUAUACGAGUGGCAGAUCACAAUUAUGAGAAUAUACCGAUUUUAUAAUAAAAUCGAUUGUGUUGAACUCACUGCGAAUUUUUUCUGGUUUCAAUGGUAGACGUGCUAUUGUACAUAGUGGCAUGCUUGUCGACAUGGAGAACCUGAUAUAUCUCGAUAAACCGGAGUCUCAACAUUCACGUUAUUAUCAUUGGAAAUUCUACAAAAUUAAUACUUAAAACAAAUAAAUGCAUCGAAUUAAUUAUUUUGAAUUAUCGAAGAAAUCGUGCCAAAUAAUAAAAUAAUUAAAUAGAGCGAUAAAUAGAAUCGACGUUCGUAACAAAACAAGAUGAUGUCAGGAGGUGAUAGGACUUCGGCAAGAAAACGGGUAGACAAUUGGAUCUGCGUCGACAUGUUGUUAUUUCCUUCGAAAUUAUGCGAGAAGAAUUGUAUCGGGGUCAUGGCUGUGAAAGAAUGGUUCAGAAGACUACAGCCGGUCCAGUUGUACCUGGUCCUGUUCUUCACCACCGCUUUCUUCCUCGUCGAGAUAGUCGCUAGCCAUGUGACUCAUUCACUGACAUUGCUACUCAAUGCUUAUCAUAUGCUGUGCAACAUUAUUGCACUUGUCGGCUGUAUCGCAUCAAUCAAGUAUAGUCAUCGUCAAAAUGGUUACAAUGGUAACAGCAUUUCUAGUUCGUUACAAAAUUCUGUUAUUUGUAUAAAUGGCGAUGAACGAGGUUCUUCCACAUCUCUACCAACAAAAACUAAGCAAUCACGAUCGGAUAGACGAAUGAAAAACACUUUCGGCUGGGCGAGGAUAGAUAUUGUCACGAUGCUCGUCUGCUGCGUAUUUCUAGCAUCCUUCUGUUUUUCCUUACUGGUUGAAGCUAUGCAGACCUUGGUACACAUAGACCACUUGGACGAAAUGCACCAUCCACUGCCUGUCCUUACAAUUGGUGCAUCUGGAAUCCUCCUCAACGCGUUUUGUUAUAUAUUAAUUGGAGGAUAUACCUUCAAUCAAGGUAUUGUUCUCCACGUCACGAUGAACGGAGAUGUGAUAUUACGAAGAAAUGUUAGUUCACAGCAAACGAAGGAGGGUGAACAACAGUUAUCUUCGCAAACCAGGCGAAGUCCAUUGGGCAUACCAAAGAGCCAAGGACUUCGAGAAACAUGUCGUGACGCUUUGGGCUGUGUUUUCGUUAUCUUGGUAUCCAUUCUAGUAUAUUUCACCGAUUCUGGCGUAGCCAAAUAUAUCGAUCCACUUUUCGCUAUUAUUUCUUCCAUUUCACUUUUCGCCCUCAGUUAUUCGUAUAUGAAAGAAUCAGGUUUGAUAUUGCUUCAAACCAUUCCUAAUCACAUAAAUAUCGAUUCUCUCAAAAGAGAAUUGCUAGAAGCUUUUCCCGGAAUUGUAAACGUCCAUGACUUACAUGUAUGGCAAUUAACAGGACAAAAAAUAAUAUCAACAGUCCAUAUCAUAUUCUUGGACCCAAUGGUAUAUACCAGUAUUACUGAUCAAGUAACAGCAUUUUUUAUAGAAAUGGGAAUAACUCAAGUUACGAUACAGCCGGAAUUCCAUAAGAUGAGGCCAAACAUGGAGAAAACUGGUUGUCUGAUUCGUUGCCACGGUGAACAUUGUAGUUCAUCUCAAUGUUGUUCAAAAGAAAAAUUUAUCGAAGACUCAUGUUCAGACUUAUCAAUUAAAAAACAAGGACAAUCCAUAAACAAGAAACUUGAGAAAAAGGAAAUCAUUCCUUCUUCAACUACGAUUGAUCUGAAGAAAUUCGCUAUUCAUGAUGAAGAAAAUUUACAAUCGUGUCAAACGACUAUAAACCAAUCUGACGGAAGCUCAUGCCAAUCAAAAAACAAACAAAGGCAAAGUGAUAAAGAUAACACGAGAGACGAAAGUUCCUAUGCGAUAAACGUAGACGUUAAUGAUGGAAAUCAUGUUUCAUGUACCACGAAUCACAGUAAUACUAAUCCAGAGGUCGCACUAUAACAAUUUAAAAAA